AUGUCUCAAAGCAAGCAGUAUGUAAACAAUUAGGUUAAGAGUGUGAAUAAAGUAUAGACUCCUCAUCUAAUAUCAGAUAUAUCUAAUAUAGUUAAAAUAGUAUGUGGAGCAAAUCAUUCUUACGCAAUAGACACAAAUUUUGAAGUUUAUGCUUGGGGAUGCAAUCUAGGCAGAAAGUUAGGACUAUCAGAUGAAUAUUAUAACCAAAUAUUUCAAGCAGAUAUACCAGAGUAGAUAAAAAUUCCAGUUAAAGUGACAGAGCUCUCAAAUAAAAAAAUAAAUAAUAUUUCUACUGGCACUAACCAUUCGUUCGCUUGGAGUACAGAAUUAAAUUAGGUCUACUGCUGGGGAAUUGGAGAAUAUGGAAAAUUAGGAAAUAAAGAGAGUAAAGAUUUAUAAUAUCCUGAAAUUUUUAAUGGCUUGAAAUAACCAGAAGGUAUUUAAUGGGAAAUUUCAGAAAUUUCAUGUGGAGAAAAUCACACUGUUGCAGUAAUAAAACAAAUAAAUGUAAAUAAUUCAUAAAGUUAAAAUAAAUUGUAUGUAUGGGGUAGUUCUAGUGAUUGGCAGCUUGGAAUUGAUACAGGAAAAACUGAUUAUGUAAAUUAGCCCUUAGAAAUGAGUCCUGAUUAUUGGGAAGGAAAUGUUGAAUCAGUGAAAGCUUGCUCUGAUUUUACAAUUGCUAUUGAUAAAUAAGGGAGAAUAUUCUCAUGGGGGAAAGGAGGAUUUAAUAGACUUGGAUACAAAGCUGAAAUAGUUAAUUAAAAGCAUCCAUUACAAAUUGAAUCGCUUAGCAAGCAAUAAAUUAUUUAAUUUUCUUUAGGAUCUUUUCAUAGUGCUGCUAUUACUAAUAAUGGCCGCCUAUAUACAUGGGGAAGAGAUAGUAAUGGACAACUGGGUCAUGGCUAAGCAAAAGCAGAUAUAUUUCCAAAAGAAGUGUAAGCUCUACAGAAUACUUAUAUAGUAAGUGUAGCAUGUGGAGAAGGACAUACAUUAGCAUUGUCAAAAAAUAAUGAGUUAUUUAGUUGGGGAUUAAACUCAUCUGGAUAACUUGGACGUGCGUCUGAGAAUCUAAAAAGCAGUGAUCCAAAAAAAAUAUCUUUUUUUGAAGAUAAAAGCAUAAAGUAAAUAGCAUGUGGUUCGAAGCAUUCCUUAGUUUUGUUGUAAGAUGGCACAGUCUACUCCUGGGGAAGCAAUCAGUAUGGAUAAUUAGGAUUUGAUUAGGAUAGUAAUGCAUAAAAUACGAUAGCCUCAUCAUAAAAUGUGGAUCUUAUUUCAUAAAAUUCAAGUUAAAUAUUUAAUUAAUAACUUAAUUAGAAUAAUACAACAUCAUAAUUUUAACAACAACAAUUUAAUCAAUAAAAUUCAAACAACAUUGAUUUUUAAGGUGUUAAUUAAUUUAAUGGUAACGAACUAGCCCCUUUGAAUAAUGUUCAUCAAGCACUAUAAUUAGGAAACGUUUAAACUAUCAAUAAUAAUUAAUCAUAAACAUUUAUGUCUCCUAAUUCAUUUGUAAGUAACAGAAAUUAAAUAGGUCAGAAACCCUACCAACAUAUGAAUCCAAGCUAUUUUUAAAAUCAGUAAUAAUUUUAAUAACCACAGUUAUAUCUACCUUAAAUGGUAAACAGAGGAACACCAACUAAUCCUAUACAGUCCCAUGAUUCCUCUAAUUCUUUUAAUUCUUCAACCCCAAUAGUCUAAAAAAACGGGAAAUCUCCAUCAAGCGAAUCUAGUAAAGACUACCUCAAUAAAUUGAGUCCAUAGCUGAUUGUAAAUAGAUAAGUUAGCAGAGUGAAUAAUAAUAGUGCAAGUUUGUAUAACAACUAAGAUCCUAAUAUAAAUAAUUACAACAACUACCAUGGGAGUAACAGUUAAGAUAUAUAAUAAGAUGAGAGGGACAAAUAGAUUUAGCUAUUGAUGUAGGAAAACUAAUUUUUGAGAACAAGAGUAAAAUACUUGGAGUAAAAUUAAGAUUUGGAAUCAGAAAGUUAAGAAAAGGUUUACAAUCUCACGAAUAUGUAUCUAGAUUACAUCAUGGAAAACGCUGUGCUGCAAUCAUAAAACACUAUAAAUAGCUUCUAUCAAUAAAAAUAUGAUUCUUAUUAAAUAGAGCAAGAUAUUAACUAUAAAAACCACUAAGUAGAUAGGAGCUUGGAAGAGUUUAGAAAAAGAAUUGAUUUGGUUAAAAAUCCAAAUAUAACUUCAGUUUGCUUUUGUUAAUAAAUAAUGAAAAAACUUUCAAGAUUUAUCAAAUAAGUAUAUAACAAUUUAGAUUCCUAUCAAUAAUAGUAUUAAUAGUAGCCAGGGUUUAUUUAAAAUAUGAAUAAUUCAUAACAUCAUCAAUAUCCAUACUUUAAUAAUAACAAUAACAACAAUAUGAUUAUGAAGCAAUAAUACAUGUAAAAUAAUCAAUAUUAAUAAUAAUAACAUUAUUUAAUGCAUAAUCAACUAGCCCAGUCAAGUGUUAAUCCGAAUUUAUCACUACAGUAGUAAUAGCAACCAUCUUCAAAUAUAAUAGGAUAACUAUAGAUAAACUAGCAAUAAAUACUUAGUAAUAUUUAAUAAGCAUAAAGUGUUAUAAAUUCAGCAACUCCACCAUUAUAAAGUGUUUAAGGAGAAAUCUUAAAUCCAACUACUUUGCAUCUUCUUUCAUCUUAAAACUAAUAAAUAUGA